UUCAAGGGGCCAGGCUGCAGAGGCUGCAGGGCUGCAUUUCCUUUUCAGGGCGAGGAAGCCUUGAACCAGAAAUCAGAGCUUUUAGGAGUGGUGAGGAGGCCUGGAUGUAGACGGCGGGCGAGCCCUGCCCUGAUGCUGUGACAGUAACCAGCUCCAGGUGACGGCUACGUGCCUGCAUUUCACACCCACCAGCCAGCCUUCUGAGCUCCUUCCUAGAGUGACUCUUCUCCUGAGACCCCCGUGGGCCGCCCCCGUUAGUAAAACGGGACACGACACGGAGAGGCCAGGAGCUUGAGACGAGGCCCUGAGGAUGCCGGGGGGCUCUCCCCACACGGGUGGGACAGAAUGGCUGUUGUGAGCUGGGAGUUGGGCAUUUCCCUUCCUCCAGGUCAGUUAGGGGCUGGUAAAUCCCCAGGUGGUUAGACUCUGGUGAACUCGUUUCUCCCCGAGGGCAGGCCUGAUUAAGAACUGAAUGCUCUGGUGUAUUUCAAAAUGGUUCCUUUUUCCCUCCCCUGCUGGAAGCCAGAGUGAGUCCACGAUCCCCACCCCUCACCCCGCCCAUGCUCACUGUGGAAACAUGGCCAAGCUCCUCCAGGUAAAAUUCACACAAGUGUCGGGGCCCUGACACAGGUACUCCUGGAGCUUCUCUCUCCCAGGCUUGUUCACACUGAGCUUCAGCAAAUCACCAGAGUUCAGAUUUCCCGACCCCAGUGCUGGCCUCUGCGGAAGUUUCUGCUCAAAAAAUAACAGGACCAGCGUUCCACAAACAGCAAAGAUCUUGAAGGUGGUAUUUGAACGACAGAAGUUGGGGAGGCCGGAGAUAAUGGAUGUAGCGCAGCAGGAACACAGUAAGUGUGCUGUAAAGCAGAGCUGUUGUCAUUAUGAUCAUUAGCCCUGGUUAGCUGGCCCAGGGAGAGCAAAGGAGCCGGCUUGUGCUAACCCACUUCCAGCCACCGCCCUCUGGAAAAAGAGAUUGGCUCUGAGGGCAAUGGGGAUAACUACACAGGGGACCUGAGCCACUGUGCCUGGUGGUGAUUCAUUGCCUCCUCUCCAUGAAGCUUCCAGACAACCCCUGCUGAUGGUUGUAAUCAAACCAUCAACUUGGGCUUCCCUCCAGCCACAAAAAAAAGCCCCUUAUGGCUCAAACAGGUGCUCCUUGGGUUUUAGACCACGAGCAAAUUAACGGACUAAUUCAUCCCCGCUCCUCUAAGAACAAUAUUUCAACGCUGUCAAUAGCCACAAACUCCCCACUGGCAGACAAGACCACCCACUGCUCAAGAGACCCCAGGAGGCAGAUGACAUCCUUUGCCUGUGAUUGUUCAGUGGAGUCCUGGGGUGCCAGACCCAGAGAUGGGACAGUCGGCCUCAAUCAUCCUCAACCCCAUCUCCAGGGUGGGACUUCUCACCUGACAGGCUCAGCCCCAGCCAGUUCAGCCCUUAGCCAUGUCAGCCACUAGCGGGAGCUAGAGACGCAUUCAGAACACACCUGGACAGGGGAUCAACAAAGCCUGGUUCUCGUGAUACGUGAAAACAAAAUGGUUUUAUUUACAUGAAGACAAAAAUGAGUGAGGUCGAAGCCAGCAAUGCGAAGUAUGGCUUGGACUGCGGCUGAAGGAUAACCAUUCCCUGAUCCAAAAUGUCAACAUCACUGCCCAUCGUGCUCCUAAGAGAGCUGUGUGCCUGUGAGUCAUGAAAGGAUCUUUUCAUUAUUAUUUUUAAAUGUGCAGGAGUCACUGUCUCAGUUAUAUGAGGACACCAUUGAAGUGACGAAUGGACAGGAAGAUAAGAACAAAGCCGAGGUCCUGGCUAGGUACUGAGAGAAAGGAAAGCAUGGGAGGAGGGUGGAGAAACGGAGUAGAAAGGGGGAGAGAGGAAGGAAGAAAAGAGGAAAGAAGGACAGAGAUAAAGUAUUAUCAGGACCCUCUGGAUUAGAAGUGACAAAAUUGGAUUAAUAGAAAGUGCGAGGAUAUUGAACUCAUGGAAUGGAGAAAUCAAAAGAUGCAUAGGCUUCAGGCAAAGCUGGAUGCAGGAGUCGAAACAAUGUGUCAGCACCCAGUCUCUCCAUCUCUCAAAUCUGCCACAUGUCCAGUAGGCACCAUGGGGCAAUGCUGGCCACAACCCACUCCAUGGCUCCAUCACCCUGCAGCCCAGGGACCCAGGGAAGGAGAGAAACCCAGCAUCUCUAUCAACCCUUUCAAAAGAUUCCCAUUGGCUUGCUUGGGUCACAUGCUCACCCCUGGGCCAAUCACUGGGUCCUGGAACAAUGGGACACUCUGAUUGGCCAGGUUGGGGCCAACCAGGUUAACAGUCCCACCAGAAACCGGCAGAGAAGAGGAGGGAAGUUCCCAGAAGGAAAGUGUUAGACAAGACAGGAAGGGAAGAGGGGGAAACUAAAAUUUCCAGGACAGUUACUCUGUCCAGUUUAAUCCUCUUCAUAAGCCCGCCGGGUAAGGCAUUUUUACCCCCAUUUUCUUGAUGAGAACAUUAAAGCAGUGUCACACCUCGGCGCUUCAGUUCUGCAGACAUAUCAGGUGGUAGGAUUGGACAGUUGUGGAUGGUUUCAUGAGGCCCCAACGCUCCACCACACUACUCAGGAAUAGUCCUGUUCAUGGGCCCCCCGGGCUGCUGGCCAGUCAGGCGGCGUCCUGCGCUCGAAUGCAGCCCUUGGAAUCUUCAAAGGACUUUCGUUACUAAGGAUUCACUCACUGAGCCCUACCAUAUGCCAGGCACUGUGCUAGGUGCUGGAGACACACAGGUGAGUAAGGGACAGUCCCAGCCCUCGGGGAAAGGCAGGCAAUCUGGAAUGUUGGAAACAAACAUUGGUAAAAAUAUCCUUAAGAGUCAAAUCUGGGAAGGCCUUAACUGUGGGGAACCCUCCAGAAAUUUACUUAAUCCAGGAAGUCAAAUUUUUUGGCUAGCAAAAACUUUACCUCUUUGGGAAUAAAUAUGGGAAGGUGGGGAGGGGGUUCUUUGUUAUGGCUUUGGCUUUCUAGGGCGGAAAUAUUUCUUAACUGCAGCACACAUGUUUCCUGAAUACCUGGACAGCAAUCCUCCAGCCCCUAGAACCACCCUGUCCUUCACCAUCCAGUUUCAAUAACCCAAGGCUCAACAUCACGCAUUUCUCUGGUGAAUUCAGUCCUCUCCAGAAUACUUCUGAGGAUUCUAAGAAAUUGGGAAGGAGGGCUUAUACUUUCUGACAGUCACCUAACCUUUCCUCUUGCUUCUGUCCAGUACCCUUAAUGUCUUUGUCAUAGUUGGGGCCCAUGCACUGCUGCAUUUUGCCCCAAACUUGAACACGGUCUCUUUUUCUUUACCCAGUACACCACCCCACCAAGGCUCAGGCAGAGUUACUGGACAUAAAAUUGCAAAAUGGUUUGGCAUAGGAGGAACAUGACAAAGGCAUACGAUACCGCAAAACGGGAAACAGCUGAAAACCGGGUGUCAGAGGAUACCGGCACAGUAAGCCAGCCUCAUCCUAUCACAGGAGCUCCUAACUGCUGUCUCCCCCACCUCACACACAUGGGGUCCUGUUUUCCCAGGUCCACCAGCCCCACUUCCCUGGUGUCCCAUGCCCCACCUCAAAUCUUCUGUCUCUGGGGCCUCCCCAAAGAAUUGCAUUUAGGAGCCAGUGCUCAGAGGACCAGGAAGUGUAAGCUACAAUAGGGAACAUUGCCAUCCGAGAGAGUGAAAAACAUUUCUAAUUGGAACAUGGGGGACUCACAUUUAUCUUAUUCUUCGGAAUAACGUGGCCAAGAUGUCCCCAUUCCAGGCAACACCCUGUAUUUUGCUUCUCGUGACAAAUAAACCCAACAAAGAGUUUUCUCAGGCAGUGAAUUUUCCUUCCACUUCCUAAUGCAGCCAGCAUAGAUUAUGCGCAGUUUUUAAGGAGGACCAUCUCCUGGUCCUGUUCCACUCUCAGAGCAGAUCGCUGUGGCUCUCCACUUCCACGCUGGGAGAAGUUUGGAAGACCUCGAGCCAGCCUUUUAUGGGGGGAGGCUACCGAAGAAGCUGCUAAUCCCCUUGAUCUUGGUCACAAGUCUGUCAUCUUCUAGGUUGUUCUUCUUGGCAGAUAAUCAAAAUGUGCUAAAUGUUAAAACGACUUUCACUUUGGUGUCCAGCAACUUGUGGGUUUGGUAGAACCUCUUCAGAAACCAGUAGGGGUAAUUUGUUUCCUCUCUCUUCUGCUAUUCAAACAUGACUCUAAAGUCUGGCCCCAAAGUAGAGAUAAAACUCAAGUGUGUGUUAUGCUUUGGACCCAGAGGGAUGUGGCUGGGUAAAUAAUGGGUCCUUGUCUUGACGCAUGCUAUAACCUUGAAAUAACCAGAUUGCCAAUGCAGGAAGAGAAAACUCAAGACAAUAUAUUUUGGGAUUAAACACAGUAAACUGUCCUGCCCUUGUCGUGGAGGAGAAGGGUUCCCUGGAGUGGGGGCCACGUUCCCAUCCCGCACAUAGUCAGCUUCUGGGUGGCCACAGACAUUGUGCUUUCAGGGAAUGAAAUCAGACAUCUCAUUCAGUCGCGGCUGUGCCCCCGGAUGGGAGAACAGCCUACUGGGGAGUCUUCCCACAUUCGGUUACAAAGUUGAAAUGGUAUUGUUUUCCAACAGCUGUUACUGUGCUGCCCAAACCCCUUCCUCCCUCAAGUCAGUUGGGUUUCUUAGCUUUUCAGUCACUUUCAGCAGUUCCAACAACUUUACUUGGCUUCUGAAGAUUCCGUCCUGUUCCUUUUUUUUUUUUUACAUCUUUAUUGGAGUAUAAUUGCUUUACAAUGGUGUGUUAGUUUCUGCUUUACAACAAAGUGAAUCAGUUAUACAUAUACAUAUAUUCCCAUAUCUCUUCCCUCUUGCGUCUCCCUCCCUCCCACCCUCCCUAUCCCACCCCUCCAGGCGGUCACAAAGCACCGAGCUGAUCUCCCUGUGCUAUGCAGCUGCUUCCCACUAGCUAUCUACCUUACGUUUGGUAGUGUAUAUAUGUCCAUGCCUCUCUCUCGCUUUGUCACAACUUACGUCCUGUUCCUUUUAAACUUUCAUUUUCCUAAAGAAAUCAAAGCUUACCCCACUGGGGCUGAUGCUAGAACCUCUGCUCUAGCAGCUCAUCUUCCUGGGACACUGCCCUGCCCCCUGGGAAGAGUUGGGAAGCCUGCCUGACCCCAUUCCCCAUCUUCAGCGUGCAUCGGACUUUCCAGGAGGACUUGUUAAAGUACUGACUGCUGGCCCUGAUUCAGUGGGUCUGGGGAUGGGGCCUAGGAAUCUGCAUCACUAACAAUUUCCCAGGUCACACUAAUGCUGCUGUCCAGGGACCAUGGAGAAAAGCCAUGUCAAUAGUUCUAUACUAGCUCUGUGGCUUUUAGACUUUAAGAAAUAUAAUGUGAGUCCUGUAAUAUAAAAUUUUCUAAUAGCUGUGUAUUUUACUACAAUUCAAAUGUUUUCUAAUAGCCACAUUUUAAGAAGUAAAAGGAAAUAAUGAAAUUAAAUUUUAAAUAUGCUUUGUUUAUCCCAAUAUACCCAGUACAUCUCAAAUAUAUCAUUUCAGCAUGUGACCAGUAAAAAAGUGACUAAUGAAAUCUUUUCCCUUCUUUUAUACUAAGUCUUCAAAAAUCAAGGGUGUGUUUUGACUGCAGCACAGCUCAAUCAGCUCUCACAUACCAGGUGCUCAGGAACCAUCUACCAUCCCAUGGCUGCUUUCCUGCAGUUCCAAGACCUCCCCUUGAAAACUCAGAAGCUGCUCUUGCAGAAAGCUCUCCUUGCACCCCUCCUGCCUUGAACCACUUCCCCCAGUGCCUCAGUGUGAACCCACUUUCUCUAAUCUAGUGCUGGCCACACACUGGAAUCACUCGAGGAGCUUUAAAACAUCCUGAUGCUGGGACCCUCCCCCUCCCCAGGUUCUGAUUUCAGUGGUCUGCGGUGCAGCCUGAGCAAGGAGAUCACGUUAACUCUCUCCAGCUUCACAUAAUCAUUUGCAAAAAAUAUGGUAAUGACGGGGUGUAACUGGCUUUCAAGGAAACAAAAUGACCUGAGGAUCCCCACUGGCAUCUCAGCUUUCAUUGCACACAGGAACACAGGCACACACGCAUGCACACCAAUUUUAGCAUCUGCUCAGAGCAGAAUGAUGCGAGGAUCUUUGCAGCAGGGAUCAGUUUCUUAAGAAACUAAUGGUAGAAGCUUAAAUUACUGAUUUGAGACCUUCUAAAAGGAAAGACUUCUCAAAUGCAUGUUUGAGAUGAAUUGACCUUCCUUAUUCAAGUACACAAGUAACAGCAGUGACCGUUUAAGAACCCACGAUGCUGGUUGAGCACCUGGUCUGUGCCAGCACUGUGCUCAAUCCCUGGGGCCACAGGGUGAAUGAGAGCCUGUGAUCCCUGCCCUCAGGGACUUUCAGUCUAUGGAGGAUACAGAUGCAGGACACAAUUACACCGACAGGACAAACUGUAGAUAAAUCCUUGAUUUUCAACAUCAGGAUCAGCGAUGUGAACGAUCGUGCACCCCAGUUCCCUGAGAAGGAAUUUAACAUCAGUGUGAAGGAGAACCACACUGCAGGUGUUCAACCUAUUUUUGAGAUGUUAACAGUGGAUUUGGAUCAAGAAAAUACUCCAAAUUCUCAUGUCCUUUACUUCCUUGUUUCCCAAACACCGUUACUGAGAGAAAGUGCCUUCUGGAUUGACCGUAUUAGUGGAGAAAUACGACCGUCAGGAUGCUUCGAUUAUGAGACUGCUCCUCGGCUUGCAUUACUCAUCAGAGCGGGGGAUUGUGGAGGACCACCGUGGUCAUCCACGGCCAUGGUUCACAUACGUGUGCGAGACGACUACAACCACAUGCCACGUUCAGCCGCGACUGCGUAAGGCUAUAACAUUUAGAUAGCGGAUGGCCGAGCCAGCCAGGGCGUGUUAUGUCUUGAGGUCCAAGAUGGUGAUUCGCCCUUUACGUCAGCAUGGAGAGUGAAGUUCAAUAUAUUAAAUGGCAAUGAAGAGGGGCAUUUUGACAUUUUGACUGAUCCUGAGACCAAUGAAGGGAUUUUAAAUGUAAUCAAGCGGCCGCCUUUGGACUGUGAGACUCAGCCAGUGCGGAGCCUGGUCGUGGCCGUGGAGAACAAGGAGCCGCUCUUCUCCUGCGAAGGGGGGCGGCUGCAGAGGCCCCAGGCUGCGGCCAGCACCACCGCGAGUGUGCGGGUGGCCAGCGUCAACGACCCGGCCGCCUUCCUCCCCGGGACUUUCAUCAUCAGUGAAGGCGUCGGCGCUGGGCCUGGGACUCAGGUGGGAAUUUUUAAUGCUACUGAUCCGGACAGAACUGCCAGCCGGAUAAGAUACGAAGUGGCUUAUGAUCCGGCAGAUUGGGUCAGUGUAGGUGAGCUCUCAGGGGCAGUACUCACCAGGAAGCAAGUUGACCGCGAAUCCCCUCAUGUGAAUGAAAGCUUUCACAUGAUCAUCGCUCAUACUGUUGAUGAUGGUGUCCCGCCACGGACGGGGACGGGGCCCAUGCUGCUCUUCCUGUCAGACACCAACGACGACACGCCCACCCUCCACCCAUGGUCUCAAUACCUGGAGGUGGAGUCUGCAGGAGGCAGGCCCCGCCCCAUCGAGGCGGAGGACGGGGCCCAGGAGCCCUACUCCCACCCGUUCACCUUCAGAUUGGACAAUACGUGGGCAAACACAGAAGACACGUGGAGGCUGGCGGAAAAUAAUGGUGAGUCGCUCAGUGGAACAUAUGCUGAGAAGCCUCCGCGUGGUGACUACUUGGUGCCGCUUUUCAUCGGAGACAAACAGGGACUUUCCCGGAAGCAGACUGUCCAUGUGAAGGUCUGUUCCUGUCCCGGUGGAUUCACAUGUGCAGACCCUCCGUCGGGAGCCGGGCUCCUCCAGGGGGUCCUGGCCUCUCUCUGUGCAGCGUUCAUAGCUCUGGCAGCCGCUCUGCUUUUCCUGCUGAGAUGCUAUUUUGUGUCUGGCCAGAGGCAGGGCUGCUCUAUCCCACGUGAGGAAGGCAUCCAGACCCUGAUCAUGUGGAACGAUGGGAGUGGAGCUGCCCCGUCCAGGAAAGGUCAUUCGUCAGGGAUCAGAUGUCAGCCCUGUCCGUCAACACAGCCGAGGCAGGUGCCACGCUGGGCGCUAAGGCCUGAUCCACACCUGCCUCCACCCCAGCGCCACCUGCAAAGGCCCUGCGAUUCUGCUCAAGCUCACAUGCCUUCGCCUCCCAGCUCAGGUGUCAGAUGACCCGGGGCCCACAUUCCAGUCUGUCCACUGCUACCAUUACGACUUUUUGCCACAUGCAGAUGCCACUUGCACUAGUGUAUUAAAAAACUUGUUUUUCUUUAAAUGGACUUGCAUACCAAUGAAAUACACUUCUUUAAAUAGGAAAUUUUAUAUUUCAACUGUAAAUGAAAAACCAGUUUUGCUUGUAUAAAGAGCAGGUAAGUGCUCAUAGAAAUAGAACCCAGUAAUUCCAGGUAGAAAAUGUGGAAGGAGAGAGAGAGCCAAGCCAGGCUGGCACCCGAUGGAGACUUUCUCCUGUUGUCAUUAGGAGUAUGGAAGAGGAAUUAGAAAGGGACUAAUUUUCUUGCUGUGCAAUUCAAUGUCAUUUAAAACCCUGUUCCCGAACUGGCUGAACCUUCCCUUCUCUAAGAGGACGAUGAUCCCACUUUGAAAAAGAGCGAGUUGACCCAGGGCUGCCGUCAUUUAUUGGGCAGGUGCUUGGCUGGGGUGAGCAGGUCCAGGUCCAGAGGGCAUCUGCCCACCAAUCCACGCUCCCAGGGGAAGGGAGUGCAGAGACUCCUGGGGGGCUGGCGGGGGCCUCUCUUUCCUUAACUGGUCUGUAAGCUUCGGGAGGCCAGAGCAUUGCUCCUGGUAAGCACACUAAGAGCUCUGAUCCACUGAGCGUGCCCUGGGGUUUGCACUCUACGAGCAUAAUCCCACUGCAUUUUCACCAGACCCGUGCAGGAGGGGAGGACACCAAGGCCUGUGGCUUCUAUUUCUUGGAGUGUCUCUGGGUCCCCUUUAUGAUGUCCUGCAAAUAGCAAGUGCACCUGUGGUGGCUGCUUGAGUCGACAGCCAUUCGCAUACUUGCCCUAAGUGAAGUUGUCACUUAUGAUUUAUCAGGUAACCUGAUAUUUUAAAAUCUGUGACAAGACAUGAACUAUCUUAAAACUGUUGCUAAGGACCAUUGCCUGCUUUAUUGUCUUUGAAAUUUUAUUGCAUGAUUGAAGGGCUUAUAUUAAAAUAAUAGAAACCCAAAGCAAAAAUUGUCCACACUCCUAUCCCUAAAUCUAAGCAAUUUCAUUUGUCUGUGUUACCCUCUAGAUCUUGUCCGUGGGCAUAUUCAAUUGUCAGGUGUCUAUAACGUCAUCGGUAGAAUGUUAGAAUCGACGUCUUCAAGUCACAUUGGGGCAUGCAGUUCCAUUUCACUAUAGUCCCUUUUCCUUGCUUCUCUCCACCUUUCCUUUUCUACUCCCACUCCACCACCUCCCCCAUCAUAAUGCCCGUUUUAUUUGCAUAUGAGUAUCUGAGCAGGGAGAGGUGUGCCUUCGUUUUCAACUGGAGGGAGACGUGUUGUCUUUGGAGUUUCCCCCAGCGUUUUCCCCCAGGAUUUAGGUGAAAUGCUGCCAUCUUCGCCAAGUGCAUCAGACCAAGUCCACUUCGUGCUGGGGACUCUGGUGAGUUCCACAAGCUCACUCCCUCCUGCUGGGACUUCACUGAUGACUGACAGCUGGUUACCUUGAGAGGCGGCCCUUCUAGAAGAUUCUGUGAUAUGGGUAGAACAAACACAUAGUCAGUGAAAACCUUCUCAUCUGUCUACCUAGUUAUUGUGAUCGUUGGUUGUUACUGAGUUGUUAUUUGAUAGUGCAGAUCAAAUACGACACUUCUCAGAACAGCCGCAGAUAGAUACAUUUCCCUGUGUCCAUCUUAUAGAGAUCAUCUGUAAGAUCAAGAGCAAUGGCCUUGGCCCUGGGCAAAUUCCAGCCCAGUGAUUCCAUACCUCCUGCCAAAUGGAACCUCAACUCCCCUUUAUACACUCCAUGUACAAAUUCUACAACUGUGGCUUUGCUUUUUAACAUGACUUUGCAGACUCACAAGAAGUUGUAAAAAUAGUUCAGAGAGUUUCUGUAUACCUUUCACACAGCUCCCCCCAAGAAUAACACUGUAUAUAACCAUAGUAUGCUUUCAAAACCAGAAAACUGACUGUGGUACAACACUAUUAGCACAGGUCUCAAACACAGACCUUAUUUGGACUUCACUAGUAUAACUAGCUAUUAUUUUAACAAAAAAUUUACUUUUCUGACAAGAACUAAACGAGGUUCUCAAGGUCCAAAGAGCCACAGUUUUUAUGAUGGAAACUUCUAAAAAAUAAUUCAAGAUCUCUAUAAUUCAUUAUCUUUUCUCAGGCUGAGUUUGCGCCAAGAUUACAAAUGUGCUCUUCUUUUUUGUGCAGACACGGUGCCAUGAAUCCUUGAAAGGGCCUGUGUAUGAUAGGUGUGUCCCUCUGGUCCUGGAAGGGCCAGCUUCACAGGCGUGGAACCCGGUCAGUCCCACAGGGCCCUGUGCUCAGAAGGGCCCUGUGCUUGGUUAAUGCUCUACGGUCACCAUCCUGAAAUUCUGCAUAUCUGGACAAGGGGCUCCCAUUUUUAUUUUGCACUGGGUGCUGCAAAUUAUGUAGCCGGUCCUGAGUCUUAGGGGUUGCGUGCGUCUCAUUCACAGACUUUGAGGCCAUGCUCAUGGCACAAAAUGAGUCUUAUAGGGAUUUUGUGGACCCAAGAUGGGGCUCAAAAAUCUUAUAUUCUCAUGCUCCAUCCCCACAAAGCAACUAUAAAACUCACCCAUGGAUUUCAGCUAUGAACACCUACACGGCUAUCGUUAGAAUUAUUAUACCUUUAGCGCAGAAACAAAAGGCAAUGUGAUUACAAGAAUUUCUGGCUGUGUGUUUGUAUCCUUGGGUAAUUUAUAUGAAACCAAUGAA